AUGAGAUAUGCUCACAAGAUCCAAGAAUACAAUCGCGCCGUCGAACGUCAAAAAGCUGAGAUUGAGCUUGCCGAACGCCGUGAACGAGUUCGUCGUGCACAAGAAGCUAACAAGAAGGCUGCUGAGGAAGAAGCAAAACGUCAAGCUGAAAAUGAAGACUACGACUUCGACGAUAAUUUCCCUGGUGCAUUCCCUGGUGGCAUGCCAGGAGGGUUCCCAGGAGCCGGAGGAAUGCCCGGAGGAUUCCCAGGUGCAGGCGGUAUGCCAGGUGGAUUCCCAGGUGCUGGUGGCGGACCAGGAGCUGGAGGUCCAGGGCUCGAUUCACUAUUCAGUGAUCCGGAUAUUCUUGCCGCCUUCCAAGACCCGGAAGUAAUGCCAGCUCUGAUGGACAUCAUGAAGAACCCAUCGAACAUCAUGAAAUACGCCAGCAAUCCGAAGAUUGCAACCUUGAUUAGCAAGUUGCAGGCAAAAGGAGCUGGCAUGCCAGGAAUGUUCGGAGGAGCCCCACCAGGAGCUACCGGAGGAUGCGAUGAUGCCGAUUGUGGCGGUCCAUGUGGAGGAGGUUCUGCUCCACCACCACGCAGAGCUCCAGAACCGGAUCUUGACUGA